AUCGCCUGUCGCCAUUGCCAAGCAUCAGCCAUGCGAGAAGUGUAUUUGAAUUCCACAGUGGAGUUUCAUGGCAGAUCAUCGAGCUGUCCGAAACAAAGCAGCUUUUCCUAUUUCGGCUUCAUGAACAUGAUGCUUAUCAUGCUCGAGGUGGCGAUAAACAUAAUCAAUCUAAAUAACAACAACGAUGACAACAAUAACAAUAACAACAACAACAACAACAAUAAUAACAAUGUCAACGGGAGGAACAUUCGAGAGUUACGUGGACCACAGGAUGAACUUCGCGCAUUUCAGACGUUGGCAAAAAGCGUCCGAAAAUACGAUGAAGCGCCCCCUACCGACGAAGCGACAGAAAAUGCAGUUGACAGCGAAGACGCAGAAGCAAACCGCGCAACGAAGAGCGAAGGGAGGCAUUCCCGUAGGCAGCGAGGAGCCAAGGGGGGGAGUUGUCCCCGAAUGAAAGCAGCGCCGCAUCACGAGUGCCUGUGCCCACCGCAUGGCAAGGAAAAUGACCCAGACACCGAGGACUCUCCCAAGGACCUUCUUCUGGAGGAUCACGACCCUUGGAGCCUCCUGCCGACCAUAGACGGAGGGCGGACGGGAGCGGAGGGGCGCCUCGGUCUUGGCGCGUCGGUAAACGCUAUGGCCGGAUGGAUAGGCCGGUUGAUGACGUCACAACACUGCCUCGCUUGGCUCCAGUGCGAAAUCCGCGGCCUCAUUGUGGCGUAUCUCAGCCAGAGUGACGGUGAUGAUGAUGAUGACGGUGGUGGUAACGACGAAAAGGUCCUCAAAACAUGCAUACAAAGACACCCUAAAUGUCCCUUGCUCACGAGUUUACACAGCGAUAGAUCCCAGGGUGUCUUGAAAAUAAAUAAGAAUUAUGUUUAAUUCUAACCAUGAUAAACAAAAAGAAGAAAAAGGACACAUUUUCCUAU